GUUGCAGAUUCUACAAUUUUCUAACAUACUCUAUGAACACUUUUUGUAUUGUGCAAAAGGCGGGAUUUCUAUGUUUUGACAGUAGCUGUCAACGUCAAUUUUCUAAUUCAAUGUUUUUGGGAAUUUGGGCGAAUUAUUAUGCCAAAUAUUCCCAUUCCUACAGUAUUAUGACCGCAUUUAUUAAAUAAUCGCUAGUACAAUCAUGUCAUGACGAUAGACAUAAAUGUAUUUAUAAAUAAAUCGUGUUUGUAAGUGUUUUGGAAUCUCCAUUAUGGGUAUCACAGGUUUGAUCCCGUUUUUGGAAAAUGCCUCGCGGCGAGCUAACGUGGGGGAAUUCAGCGGGUGCACCGUCGUCAUAGACUCGUAUUGUUGGCUGCACAAGGGAGCCUUUGCCUGUGCUGAUAAGUUAGUAAGAGGAGAAGAGACUGACAUACAUAUAAAGUAUUGCUUGAAGUAUGUGACCAUGUUGUUGUCAAAGAACAUCAAGCCAAUACUGGUGUUUGAUGGACGCCACCUGCCAGCCAAAGCUAUGACUGAAGCUAAGAGGAGAGAGUCUCGUGAUAUAUCAAAGAAAAGAGCAGCUGAAUUAUUAAGUCUUGGAAAGAUCGAAGAAGCCCGGUCUUACAUGCGGCGAAGCGUCGACAUCACUCACGCUAUGGCCCUAAGCCUUAUCAAGGAAUGUCGUAAGCGGAACGUGGAUUGCAUAGUCGCUCCAUACGAGGCGGACGCCCAGCUGGCAUACUUGAACAUCAAGAAUGUAGCCCAGUUGGUUAUAACUGAGGACUCUGACUUGAUACUGUUUGGGUGCAAUAAGGUUCUCUUCAAAAUGGACCUCGACGGCACGGGCACGCUAGUGGAGACCGCCAAGUUGCCUCUGGUGAUGCGGUGCCCCAUCGAGCACUACCGCUUCGACAAGUUCCGGCAGAUGUGCAUCAUGUCUGGAUGUGAUUAUCUCGCGUCUUUGCCUGGAAUUGGAUUGGCUAAGGCCAGACAGUUUGUUACGGCUACGCAGGACAGCAAUUUUGCCAAUGCCCUCAAGAAGCUGCCAAGCUUCUUCAAUCGCUCAAGCCUCACAGUGACAGACGAAUACCGGGAGAACUUCCUAAAGGCCGAAGCGACGUUUAAACACCAGUACGUCUACGAUCCUAUAGAAAGGCAGAUGGUGCGGUUGACUGAACCUGAUGAUGAAGACAUAGAAAGAGCGUUGUGCGUGAAUGCUGGCGAAUUGUUAGACCCUAAGACCGCGUUCCAGUUAGCUUUAGGAAAUUUGGACCCCUUCUCCUUGAAGAGGAUGGAUGACUGGCACCCAGACUACAGACCUGUUGAAAACGGUAUCAAAACUGAUAGCUGGAAGGACAAAGGAACCGCGCCACACCCCAGCAUAUGGAGCCCGGACUUCGCAAAAUACUUGAAUGAUGAUAGUCCUUGGCUGAAGAAGAUUAAGAAAGUAGAGCCGAUCAUAGCUGUGCCUACGGUUAGGACGAGGAAGGUGGUUAAUUUGGUGGCUAAGGUUGUCCCGGAGACUCAGGAUGAAAGUUUAUCAAUAGAAACAUUAAGCAGCAUGUACUGCGUAGAACCGGCGUUGAAAAAACCAAAACUAGACCCAGACGCAACAUUAGACCUAAGCGAUACCUGUCUAGACUCGCUAAACUCGCAAGACCCAAACACAGCAUUCCGAGGCGCCGAAAUCGAAAGAAAUCUACCUCAGAACAAAUCCCCAAUCUUAGAGAAUAAGCAAAGAUCUUUUAAGAAAAGUUUAAGCAAUACUUAUUCAGUUUUGAAAAGACUGAGCAAGUUCCCUAGAACGACUUUAGACGGUAAUGUAGUUGAAAGUAAGUUUUUUAAUGGACCGAGUGUGACUAUAGACGAAUCUCCAGAAAGGACUAGUAAAAAUCCAUUUAAAAUUGAAAAUAUAGCUGAAAUAGACCGAUCUCCGGAAGUUGUGAGUAAAAAUCCGUUUAAAAUUGAGAAUAAAACUGAAAUAGACCAAGAAUCUCCGGAACGAGUGAGCAAAAAUCCAUUUAAAAUCGAGAAUAAAGUGGAGAUAGAUUCUCAGUGUUCUCAGAUUGAAGAUUCUCAGCUUGGGAGUUCUCAGAAGGAGAAUUCUCCGUGCAAUAGUCCUGUGAAAUUACCUAGUCCUGUGUUGGAGCCUAGCCCUAGAUGUAAGACGUUUAGGAUGCGUUUGGAAUAUGAAGUGUCUAGAGAAGUUUUAAGUGAAGAAUCUGUGAUAGAAAACACUUAUCCUAUGGAGAAUUUGGUUACCCCAGUGGAUUCUCAGGAAUCUUUCGGCGAUUCCCCUCCAAAAACAGCUUACAAUGGCACCAUAAGACCACUACCCUUAAGUCAGCCGUACAAACCGAGCUUCAAAAAGUCCACCUGCAGAGUCCCGGGACUGAAGCGAACUGUCUCCGUGCCUAGUAAUCAACCCACUCUAUUGAGCAAAUUCGGAUUUCAGAAGAAACCAGUAUUGAAGAGAUGAAGAAACGAUAGGUUAACCUAUAUUUACCCAACGACAUACUCUAUGCCAUAUGGCUGUUGCAUUCUUUCAAGAAAAGUCAGCUGUCUCUUCCCAACAAUAGAGAUAAGUUUUAACGUGCGAAAGAGACGGAUGCGUUACUUCUUUGAUAGACACUGCCAAAUUUUUUAAAGGAGUUCUAUAGGAGUAACCUUAUUUUGUUUUAAGUGUCGAAAGCUGCAUUUAUUUUUAUUUGUUGAUUUUGUUAUGGACAAGGGAUGCGCCCUGAUUAUGUGGUGUUAAUUUCUUAAUUAUGUAUUAUGAUUAUAAUAAUUUGAGUCUAG